CCGCCCGCUCUCCCGCCGCCGCCGCCGCCGCUGCUGCGCUCCGGGCCCGGCGCCCUUCUCGCUGCGCUCUCCCUGUGCCCUGGCUCCGCUCUAGCCUGGAGCGGGCACCGCCAUGGCUCCGGCCGCCGACCGGGAGGGUUACUGGGGCCCGCCGACCUCCACCCUGGAGUGGUGCGAGGAGAACUACGCCGUCUCCUACUACAUCGCCGAGUUCUGGAACACAGUGAGUAACCUGAUUUUCAUUCUACCUCCAAUCUAUGGUGCGAUUCAGACCUAUAAAGAUGGCCUUGAAAAACGGUAUUUAGCUGCAUAUUUGUGUCUUACAGCUGUGGGAUUGGGAUCUUGGUGCUUCCACAUGACCCUCAAGUAUGAAAUGCAGCUGUUGGAUGAACUGCCAAUGAUAUACAGUUGUUGUGUGUUUGUCUACUGCCUAUACGAAUGUUUCAAGUACAAGAAUACAGUCAAUUAUCGAAUGCUUUUCUUUUUAAUAACAUACAGCGUCGUAGUCAGCAUAGUUUACCUAAAGUUGAAAGAGCCUGUAUUCCAUCAGGUCAUGUAUGGAACGCUAGUUUCCAUCAUAGUUCUAAGAUCUGUUUAUAUAGUAUUAUGGGUAUACCCAUGGCUUAGAGGUCUAGGUUAUACAUCUUUAACUGUAUUUUUAAUGGGAUUUUUUCUCUGGAAUGUGGACAACAUUUUCUGUGAUAAAUUGAGAGCACUGAGAGAGAAGAUGCCUCCUGUGGUGGGAGCUGUGACACAGUUUCAUGCAUGGUGGCAUAUACUCACAGGCCUGGGUUCUUACCUUCAUAUCCUGCUAAGUUUAUAUACAAGGACACUUUUCCUGAAACACAGGCCAAAGGUGAAGUUUGUYUUUGGAAUAUGGCCUGUUCUUCUUGUGGAGCCACCCAAGAAUCUUUGACUGAGCCCUGGGCAGCCRCACGCGAUCACCUGGCCUGGCUGAAUAAAGCAUUUCAACAGUUACUCUGGCUGAAGUGUUGAAAUUAUGGAUCAAUCCAAGUACCAUUGCAAUUAAAGGACUUCUCUGUGCUAYGAGGCCAGUCGGCCAGAACAGAGCAAAGAGCUGGCACACUAGGGAAAGAGCAUUUAGUACAGCUUUAUUCAAAGUUGUUAAAGAUUAAGACACAAGGUUUUUAUGUAUAUAUUGUAUAGCUGAUGAUACUGAGGUAAUAUUUCGUGCUGGUCACAGAAAACUAACCAUUUUUGAAGUGGAUUGCAUACGUUUUUUCAUUCAGUUUUUGUUCUUUCUGUGGUCUAAACUAAUAUUAGUAACUGAAUGACAAAACCAGGCCAUUAUUGAUGGCCAAGCUAAGCGUUUGUGUGGCCUAUAGUGAACUGAAUGCUUAACCCAAACUACUUUACCUUUGCACUUUUAUACAAUUAAUGAAGUAUGUAAUGGUUGAUUUAAGGCUUUAUUUUAUCUUGCUUUUCCACAGCCUCCUUUGCAAUUCAUAUUUUAGGCAAAAUGGUUGGGAUACCCGUGCCAUUUAGUUCAUUUCGUACCAAGCUUCCAUUUCCUCUUUAGUCCACCUGAGAGRUUCACCAUGGAGAAUGUUCCAGGGUGUGACCAGCAGAAGACACUGAAAUGGURAAGCCUUAUAGGUGUUCUUGUUUAUGUCUGGAAAUGGAAUUCUUAAUUUGUUUGACCAGUGAUUCAUCACAGAAUUGUAGAGUGACUGUAGUAACAAAAGAAAUACACUUCUUUAUUUUUUUU